GUGGCAAGAUGAACUACGCAAUGAAGAAGCAAGUGCAACUGAGCCUAGUCCCAUUUUUCCUCUCCUGGGUUUUUCUCUGUACGCUUUACCAGCUGACCACCGGUGCCAGACUGCAUGAGUCUUUGUCGAUGCCUCAGAUUGGAGAGGAUUUUGGAAAAGGUUCAACAGAAAUGGUUGAGGAAGCUACAGUAGAGACUCUCAACAGUGCAACACAUGACUUAGAGCCCACAGCUCAAACAACACCAGAAAUGCAUGUGGUGCCUAAUUCAGAUAUAACUUCAGAUUUUACACCCACACUAGUUCCAGGCCCUCCUGUAACCACCAUCACCAUCAACCCAGCUCCUCCUGGUGAAGCUUCACAUAUUAAGGGAGAAUUUCCUAAAGAUAUCUUUUCCAUUGAAGACCGCAGACAAGGCUGGGUGAUCCUCCACAUUAUUGGAAUGAUGUACAUGUUCAUUUCACUUGCGAUUGUGUGUGAUGAGUUCUUCGUUCCUGCACUGGGAGUGAUCACAGACAAGCUCGCCAUCUCUGACGAUGUAGCAGGAGCCACCGUCAUGGCUGCUGGAAGAUCCGCCCCUAAACUUUUCACCUCCUUGAUAGGAGUCUUCAUCGCCCACAGAACCGUGGGUAUUGGCACCAUUGUUGGUUCAGCAGUUUUCAACAUUGUGUUUGUGACUGGAACGUGUGCUUUGUUUUCACGGGAAGUUCUUCAUCUAACUCGGUGGCCACUUUUUAGAGACGUAUCCUUCUACAUACUUGACCUCAUCUUACUCAUCAUCUUCUUCUUGGAUAAUGUCAUAAUUUGGUGGGAGAGCAUGAUGCUGGUGACCAGUUACGUUCUCUACAUCAUUUUCAUGAAGUUCAAUGCGCAAAUAGAGCGAGAAUUCAAGACUCAACUCUGCAAAUACAGGAACAUUGUCAAAGUUAUUGCUGUGGAGGAAUCUAAAAAGGAGGAUGAGCCUGCAGGUGAGGAUAGGUCCGGAGGCUCUGGUGACUGUGACUCCAAUAAAAAUGAAACAGUUGCUGAUAAAACUGAAGAAGAAGAGAAAAAGGAUAAGCCCCUGUCUUUACAGUGGCCUAACACACGAUGCAAACAAGUCACCUACCUCUUCCUGUUGCCCAUAGUCUUGCCCCUGUGGCUCACAGUUCCAGAUGUUCGCAGGCAGAAAUCCAGAAAAUUCUUUGUGGUCACCUUCUUGGGCUCUAUUCUGUGGAUUGAUGUCUUUUCCUACCUCAUGGUGUGGUGGGCCCAUCAGGUGGGUGAGGCCCUCGGCAUCCCAGAAGGGAUUAUGGGCCUGACCAUCCUGGCUGCGGGGACGUCCAUCCCUCACAUCGUUACCAGUGUGAUUGUGGCUCGUAAAGGCAUGGGGGACAUGGCUGUGUCCAGCUCUAUGGGGAGUAACAUCUUUGACAUCACUGUGGGUCUUCCAGUCCUGUGGCUCCUGUACUCAUUCAUCCGCGGUGUGGUUCCAGUCACCGUCAGCAGCAAUGGCCUCUUCUGCGCCAUCGUGUUGCUCUUUAUCAUGCUCCUCUUUUUCAUCAUCUCCAUUGCAGCCUGUACGUGGAAGAUAAGCAAAGGGUUUGGUUUCACCAUGUUCCUGCUUUACUUUAUCUUCCUGGUGGUUAGCUUGAUGUUUCAGUAUCACAUUCUUGUCUGCCCUGUCAGUGUGAGCAACAGACCUUAAACAUAUUGUCCAUGUAUGUAUGUAUACAUACAUGAAAUUGCUUAAUCAGGACACAAUGUGUAAGAGAAAAAAAAUCUAGAUACUCACUUGCUCAAUCUAUGUAAUUUGAGUACAUUUAUAUCUAACAUUUAUAUGUUAGUGUACUAACAGAUACCUCUUUUAUACACAAACCUUUAUACAAAUCUCAAAUAUAUAUUGAAUAUGUAUGGAAAACUAUAAAUGUAUUUUAUAUCUAUUUAGUCUCUUAUAUACACUAUACAUAUAUAAACUGUUUUUUUAUUUUUUUACUUUACCAAUAUAUGCUUAUAUUCUGUGCCUGUCAUCUUAUUUGUUUCCCUUAAAAAUGUUUGUACUUAUUUUAUUGUAAAGCAGAGAAAACUGAAAAGGAUAACAUUUGAUCUGGCUAAUGGUUAGUUUAUUUAAUCCAUUCUGAAGACAUUUGAAAAUAUACUUAAUUAAAUGUUUUAUUCCUUUGUCUUGAAACACAGAACAUAGGUGUGGAGCAUGGUGUGGGCAGCUCCUGAUUUUUUUACAAUAAAAGCUCUGUUGUGUCUAAUUUACCUUUAUAAGUUAAUGGUAUUUUCCAAAAUCUUAAAUAACAUGCAUCCCACCGACUCAUAUUUCAACAGCUUGGCUAGCUGUAUGCACAACAGCAUAACGUGAAAGCUAAAAGAUAAUUUUGUGCAUCAAACAAUUAAAGUAGAACUUAAGAAAUAUUAUAAAAUCAUAUUAUUAUAAACAACCAUAAAAUACAACUAACUGUUAACUUACUAAAUCUGUUUGGUUA